CGGCUCGGCAGUUUAACGGCCGCCGCAUCGCUGCUCGCACAUACGCGCGUGUCCCGAAAAAUGUGAUGGUUCGCCGCGGCUCGCGAUUCGCUCGUUGAUCGUCAGUUGUCGAAGCGCCGCGCCGUCGCUCACAAUAAUACACGGCGAGUUCGCGUGGUGAUGUACUUUUUGUGAGACGCUCGCUCGCUCCCGCUCUGGAGACCUCGGCAAAGCGAGCCAUGACGACGAAAGCGGCGACCAACGGCAACCUAGACCCCGAGGCCAACGUCAAGAGAUCAUCGUCGGAGAGCUUCAGUAGCAAGGCUCGAAAAGAGGACGCGAGCUGUCAUUUGCUGCUCCUUAACUUCGUGUCGGUCUACUGGAAGUCGCUGAUCGUGGUGCUCUGGCCAAUCAUACUUCUGCCGCUUAUCAUUUUGAGCAAUGACAAGAUGUACCGCUGUUUGUACGUGGUCGCGCUGAUGGCCAUGUACUGGGUAACGGAGGUGAUCCCAUUGCCAGUGACCGGCCUCAUCCCCGUACUCUUGUACCCGCUGAUGGGAGUGAUGGACACGGCAAAGACCUGCCAAUGCUUCAUGAACGACACGACGAUGAUGUUCAUCGGGAGCUUGGUGAUCGCCGUUGCCAUCGAGCAUUCGGGAUUACACAUGAGGGUGGCCUUGCUCAUCAUCAAGACCAUCGGCUGCAGCCAUCGCAAGUUGAGCCUGGGCUUGUUUUUCGUAACGAUGUUCAUCUCGAUGUGGAUCUCGAAUACCGCGGCCACGGCGAUGAUGCUGCCGAUCGUCGAGACGGUCCUAAUGGAAUUGGAAGCCCAAGGGCUGGGUAAGAUGUUCGUCCAAGACGAGGACUCCGACGACGAUUCCGACAGCACGAAGCGACCGACCAAGCUGACGAUGUCGUACUACUUGGCGGCGGCUUACGCCUCGAGUCUCGGCGGGAUCGGCACUCUGGUCGGGACCGGCACCAAUCUCACGAUGAAGGGAAUCUACGAGGCCCGGUUCCCCAAGAGCCCCGGCAUCAACUUCGCCGCUUGGAUGGCUUACGCCGUGCCGGCGAUGCUGAUCAUGGGCCUGCUCACCUGGCUCUGGCUGCAGGUCAUGUACACCGGCCUGUUCAGAUCGCGCAGCGAGGAGGCCAGGGCCAUCGACAUCGGCGAGGAGGGCGAGACCGUGGCGAGCAGAGUGAUCGAGGCCAAAUACCAGGAGCUUGGCCCGAUCACCUGGCACGAGUCCGUGGUCGGCGCCAUAUUCGUCGGCAUCGUGCUGCUGUGGUUCUUCAGGAAGCCGGAUUUCAUCGACGGCUGGCCCACCUACGUCACCGACCUAACGGUCAAAGACUCGACCUCGGUGGUCGGCAUAAUACUCCUGCUGUUCGUCUUGCCGGCGCGACUGGACUUCCUGAAGGCCUUCAGCAGGAACCCGAGCAAACGGCCGCGCAAGCAAGCGCCCGGCCUCAUCUGCUGGAAGAUCAUCAACCAGAAGAUGCACUGGGGCUUGAUCUUUGUGUUGGGUGGUGGCUUCGCCAUAGCUGCCGGUAGCCAAUCGUCGGGAUUGUCGAGUAUGUUGGGACACGCGCUCAUCGGCUUGAAACCGAUGAGCCCGAUAGUGAUUCUGUUCUUCGUGACCGUCUUCGCGGAGACCGCCACCGAGCUCACCUCCAACGUCGCCGUGGCGAAUAUUAUUCUGCCGGUUCUCGCGGAAUUGGCCGUGGCGAUCCACAUUCACCCGCUCUACCUGAUGGUGCCAGCUUCGUUGGGCUGCUCGUUCUCGUUCCACUUGCCAGUGGGCACACCCCCGAAUGCCAUUGUGUCGGCGGCAGGACGGAUCAAAACCAAAGACUUCGUCGUUGCUGGUAUCGGACCCAGUGUCAUCGUUGCGGUCAUCGUAACCGCCACUUUCGCCACUCUGGCAGGCAAACGAGCUGGGAAAAUGCUGCUCCAAGUAUUUCAUUAUGUUCUAUCGUAAUGCAUUUACGCAGAACUAGAUAGAUACUAUUUGUUGGCGUACAAAUCAAGGUGAUAUUAAGCAUACUUCGAGUUCUCUUGACAAUUGGAGCAUUCCUUGUUGCAUAUACUUGGCAGAUUUAGUUGUUUACAUAUAUAAUCAUUCAAAAUCAUCUAUCAAAAGUUAUGCUCCAUUCAAUAAGCAUGAAUAUUGUACGUUAUUGCAUCUUCAUGAUAAAGAAAAUAAGACAAUAUUAUUUAUUUUUUUAAGGACUCACGAGUAAGUAUACUCUUCAAUUACCGACAGAACACCAAUGUGAUAAUGUUAAAUAUAUUUUAUAAAAAUGCAAAUACACUGUUAAAUUGUUGAUUUUCUGAUUUCUGUGCUUGAGUAGUGCCGUCCAGAAUUAAUAUCCCAUUGACAAAGAGAAAAAGAAAUAUUUUUUUAUACCUGACUACUCAUGUAUUUUGGUACUAUUUUGUAUAUAUAAAAUUAUGACUGACAAUAAAGAAUAUACCGAUGUAAAUAUAGAUAAUAAAUGUUGAAAACAU